ACAUAAGUUUAAUACAACGUACACGUCACUAAUUAGAAAAAAAUGUCAUGGAAAAUUAUACCACCACUAAUAUUAAAGACUUUCAAAGAAUUUAGAAAUGUAUACGUGGAAGACGGUAUAGGAAAUCAAAAUAAUCUCCGGCCUACAUACAAUACGGGUCACAAUAAUCCGCCUAAUAUUAAAUCAAAUAAAACAAAGACAGCGAGAACAUUGGAACUUUUACCAAUAACCCUAACUAUCAUACCGGUGAUUUUCGCUGUUCAAUGUAAACCUGAAAAGCCACCACUUAUGAAAUAUACUGAUCUGCCUAUAUAUGACGCACCUCAUUGCAUUUAUAAAGAAAGUCAAGAAAAUAGAGAUAAAUGCCAACGGCGUCAACAGAAGUUAGCAUGUGCAUUAAUACCAUAUGUUACACGUUAUAGAUGUUGUAUAACUGAAACCUUUGAGGAUUGGUUCCAUUGGGCUGAAUGUCAAGUUUUAAAUGCAGUUCAUGCUUUCAGAUUACGAAAAGGGAAAUUUCUAUGUUAUAUGAGAGACGACGAAAAUUUACAUUUAAGGAAGGUGGUUGUAGCUUUGGGUAUUGCCGCAGGGAUCGUAUUUGGGUCCAAAAACUAUUAUCUUUUACGUAAUCUCCCUUCUGGCAUCUUAGCAGCUUUGUUUACAGGCUGGUUGUGUUUUCCUGAAGAGACAGAUAGAUUUUUAAGACACAUUUCUUAUUAUGUAGCAAAAACAAUAGUGAACUGUUUAAACUAUUUUUUUGGAGAUCAGUGUCAGAAGAUACCAUUUGAGAGAAGGAGUCCGUUGAUACCUUGUUUAAACGACUGUUUCGAAUCGACUGUAUAUUCAGAAGAUAAGGUGUGUACAUCAGAUUGUAACAAGUCUAUUUUCCAAGUGACAACCGAUGAAGAUUUAACAAUAUUAAAGGAUAAGGUACGACAAAUAUUAGAAGAACAUUUGAAGGAAGAGCAGAACGCCAACGAUCAAACAAAAACAUAAUACAAAAUGAGUUUAUACCAUAAAACGACUUUAACAAUUUUUGUUCAUAAGGUUAUUAACCAGAAACUUAAUAUAUUAAGUUUAUCUAUCUAUAAUUAAUGAACAAUUGUAAUAAGGUAUAAAUUUUAAGGGAAUAAUAUUUCAUCCUCAAAGAAAUAAUUGAUGUAUUGUAAAUUUUAC